CCGUUUCGAUGAAACAGUAUCACGAGCAGCACUUUCAAUCGCAUGGAUAAAUAAUAUUUUUGUUUAUUAUUUAAAUUGUUUCGUGCAUUAAACAUUUUUUUUUAUCGAACUAAACAUUUGAUCAACUUAUAAAGAACGAUGAAGUCAUUGGAGAAAUAAGUGUACAUGUAGUUUUAUUCAGCUUUCUUCUGAGACUGUAAUCCAAAGGGUUAUGUACUUAUGUUACUUGAACUUGUAAAAAGGGAUUCUAAUGUCAUAGUAUGCACAUAUUUCUAGUUACAUAAGAUUAAUAGUAGAGAUAAAGAUGAGCAUAAUAGAAUUAUAAUAAAUAGAAUACCAUAAAUAUAUUAUAAAGAAUGCCAAUGCAUUAUGAUUUAUUGUAUCAGUACAUAAUAAUACAAAGUACCACUAGUCGAGCAAGUAAUUUUGUAUGUAGCCUUUGAAUAGUAACAUAGAAUAGUGUGGUACGAAUUAAUGGAAUUAUAUCACAUUCCUUAAGUCUAUAUAGCAUUACAUCUAGAGUCUACUAUAUAAGAAAUUAAACAAUUUGUAUCAUCUUUGAAUAUAUAAGAUUUUAUAACAAAACAUUACACAAUGUUGUAUUUCAAUCAAAAAGUGUAUUUUGUAUUUGUAACAAUUAUUAUCUUUGCUGCAAGUAUAAUAAUUUACCAGAUGAGUUUAAUUCAAUUUGACAAUAAACUACAUAACUUGGGAGAAGAAGUACCUGUGAUUUUAUGGUGGACACCAUUUGGAAAUGAUGGAAUACUCAGAAAAUGUGGAGAUUAUUCGUGUUAUUUUACAAGCAAUCGAACUUUUCAGUAUCAUCCUAAGAUAAGUAGUUUUCUUUUUUACGGUAGCAAUUUUCAAAUUAAUGAUUUACCGAAAUGGAAAUCAGAUAGAGUUCCAUGGGGUUUAAUUCAUGAGGAAUCUCCAAGGAAUAACCCCAUUUUAGUUCAACAAGAAACUCUGAAUCUUUUUACAUAUUCUUCAACAUUUAGCAGAUUCAGCGAUGUACCUCUUACUUUGAUUUAUCUACCUGGAAUUACAGAAUUAUUAGGUACAUACAACAUAUUAAAAUUAUUGCUAAGAAAUUGCACUUUUCUCCAUUAUAUAUUUUCUAUUUGGAUUCCAUACGAGGAUGCAAUAAAAAUUAUAAAUUGGUUAAGAAAUAACAAAUAUUUCUGGUCUACCAAUCUCUUCAUAUUUUAUUAUUUAGAAAUUAAUAUUUCAGAUCAAAAGUAUUUUAUACCAACAAAAAAAAAGACUGAAUUAAUGCAUACAAAAAAUCUUGCACCAUUACUUUAUAUACAAUCUGAUUGUGAUACUGCAAGUAAUAGAGAUGUGUAUGUUGCUGAGUUAAUGAAGUACAUACGCGUUGAUUCAUAUGGCACAUGUUUGAAUAAUGCUCAGUUCGAUAAAAGGCUAAAGGACAAUUACCUCGACAUAUUAAACAGUGAUGAUUUUCUCUCUUUCAUUGGUAAUUAUAAAUUUACGUUAGCUUUUGAAAAUGCAGUCUGUCAGGAUUAUAUCACGGAAAAGUUAUGGAGACCUCUUAUCGUUGGAUCUGUACCUGUGUAUUAUGGAUCGCCAACAUUUAAAGACUGGCUUCCAAAUAACAUGUCUGCAAUUUCAAUUCUUGAUUUUAAAGAUCCCGAAAGUCUAGCCAAUUUUAUACACGAUCUCUCUACGAACGAAACCGAAUAUGAUAAAUAUUUAUCACACAAAUUGUUUGACAAUUAUGAAAUAGAUAAUCAAAGAUUAAAGAAAACGUUAGAAAGAAAUAGAGAAUGGAUUGGAAAUGAAUUUGGAAAUUACGUAGACAAAUUUGAAUGUUUCGUUUGCGAAAAUAUACAAAUAGCCAAUGAACAAAGAAAAAAAAAAAUUAUUGAUACAUCACAUUACGAUUGUCCGCUACCUAGAAAUCCUAUAACAUUUAGGACUGAUUACCAUAAUUGGUGGACAAAACAAUGGAUUUUAGAAAAAUUUGGAGCGAAAUUAUUAACUUAUCAUUUAAAAAAUAAUCUUACAAUAAGCGUAGAAAAAUUUGAAAAAGACAAAAUGGAAUUGUACAGUCAAAACCAAGAUUAAAGUAUUAAUGUUUUUCUACUUUGUUUAACAAACAACUUUGUUACAAUUAAAUAAAUUUCGUAUUUCAAAA